AUGUCUAAUUCAAGAUAUCAUCAACUAGAGAAUAGGAAUGACGAGCGGUUGAACAGCUUAGCCAAUAAAUUACAAACAUUCCGUGGUAUAAACCAAGAUAUUGGUGAUCAGGCAGUGGCAGAUAAUUCUGUCAUGAAUCAGAUUUCUGAUUCAUUUGAUUCAUUGCUUCAUGGUGUCAAAAACACUUCGCAAAGGUUGACUAGAAGUCUAAAUGCAGGUGGUAGCGUUUGGAGAAUGGUUGCGUUAGCACUCUUAAUUUUCUUUAUCCUAUACACUCUGUUUAAAGUUUUCUAA